AUGCCGUGGACAAACUUGCCGCACGCGCGCAAAGUCAUGCAAGCCCUGGUUAAGAUUACUGUGAAAGGCAUGCUUCGCAAUGAGGCGAUAGAGUGGGUGGCCGGCGCACGGAUCCGACCAUGGGUGGUCGUUGCAUUGUUGCAACAUUUGAUCGACUUGCAGCAUCCAAUGUGUGACAAUCACAUCUCCCCGGAGAAAGCAAAAGAAGAAGUGAAACAACGUGUCACAAAUAUAUAUGGCACGGAAGAGACAAUGCCGCUCGGGGAAGGCAUUCCCGAAGACAUGCCUGUGGCCGCGCCACUCUCGUCGGCCCAAGACAGUCAGAAAGCGCGACCCACCAAGUCUUCGCGCUCGCGUCCGGCAGCGCCAAAGCAAAGCCCACCAGCCAGUGCACGGCACAGUGGCCAAGCCUCAAAGCCCGUUGCAGAGGCACGUCCCGACGCAAAGCUGUCAAAGGUAGCCGUAGACACUGCAAGUGGCGACCAUAGCAUCGUCACGACCGACGACCAUAGCCUCGUCGUGGGUGCGCGGCUACUGCCUAGCGAGCUUUCUCGUGAUCCGAGUCAGAGCCAGCACGCACUGGCACACACCACAGUCUCCACCACACCAACCGAGCUCUCAGUUGUGGCCUCCGACAACGCCCAGAGCAUCGCUCGGGGCGCACCGAUUGUCGUCGCAGCCGACGACAACCCGUGCAUUGCCGUCGUCGAGACCAGCCGAGCUGCGCCGCCGCAGAAGCAUGCGACGCCAGAAACGGCGGCGUCCGCAGCACUGGAUGGCAAUGCUCGGAAAUUUGGAUUGAGUACUGCUGGCCGGAGAAAUGCUUUAGGUACAAUUUUGGAUAAGCGAGAAGAUCCUUGGUUAUCCGGCACAAUGUAUGCCUUUACGCUCAUGUUGUUCGGCAACUCGCACACUGCGGUGAACUUUCGGGUUCCUUUGAGUGCUGCCUCCCAUGACGCAGAGUGUGCCCGCGGAUGUCUCGCGCACAAUUUACUCCCGAAGCUACAACGCGCCAUGGCACAAGCAGCUCGCCGUUCCACACGAUACUUCACAGGCUACUUGCAAAAGCCCCAACCAUUGGGUCGGAAAGAGUUACAGAAUGCAGCCAAACAGUUGCAUUUCUUAGAAACCGCUGCCGCAGACGACCCAGCUGCGCAGCAGCGGAAAGUCGCACAUCGAGUGCUUGGGGACCUUGAAUUUCGUUGCUCCACCCGGCCCAUGACCGAAGAAUUCAUGUUGGCCGGUUUCGAGGCCGACGCAAUAGAGCCUCCGUCCAACCGAGACAAGGUGGAAGUGGAUACAUCUUGGGUCAGCAACGAAACCAUUCAUCGGCUAAUCACCGGAGUCGGUUUUGAGUACUCGAAACGUUCCAGUGCCGCAGCCCAUGAAAUUAUCGAGGAAUGGAAAAUUGACUCGGAAGACUACACCGCAUCCCUGAAACCCGUCAACACAGGCGUGCCCAACAUCAAGCCAGAUCACAGCCAGAGCAUCGCUCACGCCCAUACCCAGUCACCUCCAGAGCAGUUUUUGACGUGGACAUAUGGCAACUUGACGUCCGAAGCCGCGGAAGCCUGGCUCACCAACUUGCAAAGUUCCGACGGCCACUGCCGACCCACCGGCGAACAACUGAAGUUUUUACGCGCUGUCAUCCAACGCUGUCUGCAAGAGGCCACCGAAGAGCACGCGGGCACGGCCGACACCGAGCCCUUGCGAGCCAUUUUCCAUGGCGCGCCGGGGGCCGGCAAAAGCCAAACUCUCAAGUGGCUACGCAGCUUUUUCGAGGACAUUUGCCACUGGGAGCAUCAGCACCAAUUCGUCUUCCUAGCUCCGCAGAACACUCAGGCCGCGCUCAUUGGCGGUGUCACCCUCCACGCCUUCGCGAACAUCCGUGUUCGAGCCAAGAAGGCCUCCCCGGGCAGCGCCCACACCACAGACCAAUUCGUCAAGUAUCAACGUUUACGUUGGAUCUUAGUUGACGAGACUUCGACCGUCGGUCUCGAAAUUCUUGCCACGGUCGAAAAAAAACUUCAACAAUCGAUCCGAGACAAAGAUACUUGGAAGCUUCGGCCCGGCGGAGAAAAACGGCCGUUCGCAGGUCUGAACUUGAUCCUGACCGGUGACCUUUGGCAGUUCCCCCCGGUGAAAGCCACCGCCAUUUUCCAAAACCCUUUCGGGGAAAAUGGAAGCUUUCAAGUUGCACCUGGAACUUCAAAACCCACACGGUCGAGUGCGGGCAGACAACUUGCGCCGACCUGCACUUGCAAGCUGCAGCCCUUCACAAGCAACCGCUUGAAUGCAAGCAGUGUCGAGCCGAACGCCAACGUCGGUGUCUUGUAG